CACGGUUCCAUUUCUCGAGCAGCAAAUUGAAGGUAUACAGAAAAGGAUUUAAAGCUGAGUUAAGCGGCAGUACAAAGAUCACCAAGGCCACACUCGCCUCACUAGGAACAGGAAUUCCCACAGCAGCCAUGAUGCUCAGCAUCCCGACUGGAAACCAGCACAGGAAGUCGGACACCACCACAGUGGCCAGACGGCGAGCUAUGAUAAUGUCCUUCGACUUCUUGGUCGAGCUUCCAUCCAUGGAGUUCAUUCGUACUGACCAGUAUAUACACACCUGACCAACUGCUAUGAACACAAAAAGGACCAUGUUGAAGACGAUCAUAACUCCGAAAGAGUUCUCGUUAUACCACCAGGGUCAUGUCCACCAGAGAUGAUGAGCAUCAAGACUUAACCCAGGUCUGUAGGUGAUCUACAAGAAGACAUAAAGGAUAAUGUAACGCUUAAGACAGAAAGCCCAUUUUGUUCUGAUACAGAUAUGACGUAUUGCUCACCAAUCAGCUGUAUGCAGCUUGAAAGCAUGUCUGGUCAAGUUUACAUAAAACCUGAGGAUGCUUGGCAUAUUCCUGAAUCAAACUGUAAACAUGAGGAUGCUGUAAAAUUGGAGCUUAAUCCUCAAGGUGCCAUUUAUUGUAUUAAAACUGAGCAAGUUCCUGAUGAAGAACUUUAUCCCAUAAAAGGCGAGAGUGCUGCACACAUUGAGCAGUCAGAUUGCAGUCAUGAGAAUGCUGUGAAAGUGGAGUAUUACUGCCAAGAUGUCACCUGUUCAAUUAAGACUGAGCAGGAUCCUGUGCAAUGUGCAAAGACAGAAGAGCAGCUUGUAUUUAAGCAAGAACAACAAGAUCAUACUCACAUGGUGAAGACUGAGACAGGAUGGCCUGAUCAGCAUGCAACGUGGCAGAAUAACAUUGAUGAGAAUUGUCAAGAAAUGAGUGUUGCUAGAUGCAUAACUCCUGAGGUGACAGAUAUUAUGGGAGAAAAUCAACAACAUCAGACUCAUCCGACUGUUACUGAAGUCCCCAUUAUUACAGAAACGGAAAUCCACAAGAAACAAUUGAUGAUCCACUAUGAUUUGAAAGCUUACAAUUGUACUCCAUGUAGCGUUGUGUUAGAAAGAAUAGAUACUAUACAACAGCACAAGGAAACUAACAGUAGUAAGAGAUCUCACCACAGUGUUGAAAGACCUCACAAGUGUAAUGUCUGUCAUGUAGCUUUCACAAGAUUAUGUUACUUAAAACAGCACAUGUUGACUCACAGUGAUGAGAGACCUCACCAGUGUACUGUAUGUCAUGUAGCUUUCAAAAGAUUAGAUACUUUAAAAGUGCACAUGUUUACCCACAGUAAUGAGAAACCUCACCAGUGUACUGUAUGUCAUGUAGCUUUCAAAAGAUUAGAUACUUUAAAAGUGCACAUGUUUACCCACAGUAAUGUUAGACCUCACCAGUGCAGUAUAUGUAAUAGUGCUUUUAAGUUGUCAUGUCAUUUAAAAGAACACAUGGUGACCCACAGUGAUAAGAGACCUUACCAGUGUUCUGUCUGUCAAGUAGCCUUUAAAACAACUCGUGUUCUAAAAAAGCACAUGGUGAAGCACAGGGAUGUGAAACCUCACCCAUGCAGGAUAUGUAGGAAAACGUUUAGGCGGCCAUUUGAUUUAAAAAAACACAUGCUUACCCACAAGGAUGUGACCUCACCAUUACAUCUGUGUAGAGCUAGUUCCAAGCAGAGGGCAGCAUGAAACACAACACGAUAAUUAACAGGGAUGUGAAAUCUCAUUAAUGCAGUGUAUGUGAACAACCAUGUGGUAUGCUAUGGGUGAGAGACCUUAUGAGUAAUAUAUGUAAAGCUUUCUUGUGUUUUAAGGUUCCCUGCCCAUUUAAAACAGUUCAGUAUUAUAUAAAGGUGUCUGAAUGACACAUUCUGACAUUAACACAUACUCACUCAUGCAUGAAGUGUGUAGAGGUGCUAGUUGGUUUCCUUCCGUUAAGAGGAUCAAAUAAUUUGAAAGCGCCAUUUAAAUCCUCUUUUUCUCAAUGCAUUUUGUUUCUUUGGACAUUUUUUCAGUGCCUUAAAUAUUUUUAUACUUUGUAUUAAUCCAUGAUCUAGGAGAGAGGUGAUUUCUUUGCCAGAGAAACAGCUUGUCUUUUUAAAGAACAUGUACUGAUAUUGAUGAGUAUCUUUGUGUUGAGUGUGUACAGCCAACCCCUAAAAGUGCACAUGAUAAUUAAACAUGUACCACACUUAGCACCUUUUUGGCCGGUUUUCUCCCUUCUUUGUAUGCAUUGUCAAAGAUGUCAUGUUUUUUUCAAAAAUUUAUGAAAAUUGCAAAUAAAUGAUCAGUGAGUUUACUUGUUUGAAUGGUUGUCUUGAUGGAUUCUUGUUGAUGAUAAUGACAAAAAGGAUAAGAGAAUAAAUUGAAUA